AUGGCCCGUCAAGUCAGUGUCAAUGAUAUCCAGGUGGCGAUUUUCUUGGCUCUUCAAGUAGAGGUGAAUGCUAUGGAUAGGAUGCUGGACGAAAGAGUCACAAUCAACCCAAACCAAGACAUUCUCUCACCCUGGGCGAGGGCACAUAUAUCGAACAAGUGUAUACCUGGACGGAUCGGCGAUAUCUAUGUUGUGCUUGUCCCAUUACCUAGGAUGGGGACAGAGCCGGCUGCCUCCGCCGCAACGACCUGCCGCCAUAUUUUCCCUCGUGUCGAGCUCGCCUUGGUAGUAGGUGUCUGCGGCGCUGUUCCAUCCUACCGAGGACGAGAUGGUACAAAUAGAGCAAUUGGACUUGGCGAUGUUGUCAUCAGCGAAGGCUUUGAACAGUACAACCUGGGGAGUUCUACUCCCGAGGGAUUCCAAAGAAAAGGCGGCCCAUUAUACGGGCUGCCACAGCCGAACCAAGAGCUUCGCUCGUUCAUCGCCAAGCUGAGAACGCCACGGGAGGUCGCCGAGGUGCAAGAGCAGAUAGCGGAUGGGCGCACUAUUUGCAGAUAUAAGAAAGGGCGCUUCGCUGGAGACAGCACGACAGCGACAGCGACAACAGCAAAGAUUCCGUGGCACCAGUUCAUCGGUCGGAGCUUUGCACAUGUGCAGUCCGGAUAUCGAUCCGCAGAGGCCGCCAUUCAUUUCGGACUCGUUGCGUCCGGCAACACCGUUAUCAAGCACGCAGGGUAUCGCGACAAUUUGGCUAAAGAGAUCGGAGCUAUCGCUUUUGAGAUGGAGGGUGCCGGAGUCUGCACGGUGUUCGAAGGCACCACCCUCAUUAUCAAGGCUGUCUGCGAUUACGCUGACGCCCACAAGGCGAAAGAGUGGCAGCCACGCGCAGCACUCACUGCAGCGAUUUGUGUCAAGUCCAUAUUAACAAGCCACUGGUCGCCUACGAGGUUGAUCCCAAGACGUGGCUUGAAGGCAUAUUGUACAGCGAGCAAUGCUUCAGAAUAUGCGGGUAUUAUUGGUUACUUGGAGGACACUACGGAUCCCACUUUCAAAAAGGUGAGUUUUCCUGACUUGUACAAUCCAAGCCAUUGUUGA